AUGUAUCGGAAGUUGUCUAAGUUAGAACACUCGGAAAUAAAACAACUUCUUACAGAAGCUAAUAUAGAUGUUGCAAAGCAUUACACAACAAACAAAAAGGCACUCGCUGACAUCCUCAAUGACUAUAAUGGUGAAAUAACUUAUGAUAGAAUUCAUGAGUUCAUAAAGCCGCAACGCGGCGAGGACGAAGUCCAUGCAAGAGCAUUUCCUUUAAAUGACGUUGCUAUUGACUUAUAUCAUAGACGUUCAAUACCUCAUGAAGUAAGAAGAGAAAUGUUUGACAUAACAAAUGCAAACGUUGGUCAUACUCGUAAAGCUCUUUCACAUGACGUUCGUCAAGAGAUGUUUGACAUAACAAAUGCAAACGUUGGUGAAACAAGAAGAGCUGUACCACAUGAAGUAAGAAGAGAAAUGUUUGACAUAACAAAUGCAAACGUUGGUGAAACACGAAAGAGAGAUGACACACUGAAACAACAGAGAAGAGAGAUGUUUAAAAGUGCUAUAGAACAAGUUCGCAAAGCUAAUAAUGUCAUUCGUUCCAUUGACGACAAACCAAAAGAAGGUGAGAGAUGGUUAAAGAAAGAUGAAGAAAAUAGGAAGAGGAAUGUGAAGUCAGGCAAUAGACUCAUUGACUUUAACAUCGAAGCUUUAGAUGAACCAAACAGAGACUACUUACACAAACAUUUCGGUAAGGUUUUCAUGAGACUCUUAGAGAAAAUUAAAAUAAACUCCCAACAGAGAUGGAUGGUAUGUUAUAAACUUGGUGGAAAGUAUGAAUGUUCUACGUUAAACCUCAAUAAUAUUGGAACAUUACUACAUCAGCUCUUGAAGGAGAACUUUAUAUCAGAGAUAGAAGCAAAUGCUGCAGGUAUUGUUGAAAUGCACUAUGACUUCUUCUUGACAAACAUAAAGAAUCUUACCGAAAUAAAGAUGUAUGAUUUAACAGAAUAUGAAGGCUUAACGAUGUCAGAUGUAAAGAAAGGCAAACCAAAAAAGAGACCAUAUAGAGAUGAAAGCACACUGACAAAUGACCAGAAAGCCAUUUUGGAAGCUCUUAAGCAAACAGGAAACCCAGCACUUAUAGAAAGCUUUUGGAAAGAUAAUGGUGAAAAGAAGUUUUAUAAGAAGAGAAGCGGGCAGUUCUGGAAGUAUCUUUGCACAUU